CACAUAAGUCAAUAUCCGGUUGAUUUCUCCAACUUAAGUCUUCUUAAAAGAGACUAAAUGUCUUAUUUCUUAUUAAAAUCACUUCAAAUCAACUCGAUUACACAAGAUAUGGAUAAUGAAACAUAAGGAAGCUGAAAAUGGGGAAAACGGAGCGGUAACUCAUGAGACGACGGGCCGGGUCGUUACAUCAUCAUGGUAAAAGAUUUGAUGAUGGUAUUAUAAGGCACCCAACUGAUUCAAUAGCAUGGAAAACGUUUGAUGAACUUCACCAAUCGUUUGUUGUUGAGCCUCGUAAUGUUCGACUAGGACUUGCUACAGAUGGUUUUCAACCAUUUGGAAAUUCCAAAACUCCAUAUAGCAUUUGGCCUGUGGUACUUAUUCCUUAUAAUUUACCACCUUGGCUAUGCAUGAAGAAAGAGAAUUUUAUUUUGUCGAUGCUUAUCCCUGGUCCUGAGAGUCCGGGAGAUGCUAUUGAUGUUUAUCUCCAACCUUUGAUUGAAGAAUUAAAGGAAUUAUGGGAAACUGGAGUGGAGUCCUUUGAUGUGUCGGCUAGAAAGAACUUUAUGUUACAUGCUGCUUUGCUAUGGACCAUUAAUAAUUUUCCAGCAUAUGCGAAUUUGUCCGGAUGGAGUACAAAAGGUAAAUUGUCUUGCCCUUGUUGCAAUAAAGAAACUUCCUCAAUUAGGUUAGAAAAUGGUAAAAACAGUGUUAUAUGGGCCAUAAACGCUUUCUUCCUCUUGAUCAUAAAUGGAGGAAUGAUAAAGAGUCAUUUGAUGGCACUAAGGAGCGACGAUUACCACCAAAAAUAUUAUCUGGCGAAGAUAUAAUUGGUCAAGUAACUGAUUUAGAUGGGUUACAACUAACAAAGGAUCCAAAGAAGAAGAUUAAAAUAUCACACGAGAGCAGGGGUGAUAAUUGGAAUAAGAAGAGUAUUUUCUUUGAUCUUCCAUAUUGGAAAACUCUAUUGUUGUGUCAUAAUUUAGAUGUGAUGCAUAUUGAGAAGAACAUAUGUGAUAUUAUUUUGGGGACACUCUUGAAUAUUAAAGGAAAAACCAAAGACACCAUAAAAACUCGGCUAGAUUUGCAAGCGAUGAAUAUAAGGAAAGAAUUGCAUCCAAUAAAAAAUGGGGAUAAAUAUGACUUACCAACAACAUGUUACACAUUAUCUCCUGAAGAGAAGUACAAGUUUUGCGAUUUCUUAAAAAAUCUGAAGGUCCCGGAUGGAUUUUCAUCAAACAUUUCUCAGUGUGCCAACCUUAAGGAUCGUAAAAUUUCAGGCUUAAAAAGUUAUGAUUGCCAUAUUAUUCUGCAAUAUUUACUCCUACUUGCGAUACGUGGAAUGCUUUGCAAAUCUGUGAGUGAACCACUUAUUGAGUUGUCUUUAUUUUUCAACAUUCUUGGAGCGAAAUGUUUAAGCAUGGAAGAAUUAGAACAAAUUGAUGGCCAAAUUCCGAAAACUGAGUGCAAGUUAGAAAAGGUAUUCCCUCCUACUUUUUUUGAUGUCAUGGAGCACUUGCCAAUUCAUUUAGCUAAUGAAGCUAAGAUUGCUGGACCUACUCAAUAUCGGCAUAUGUAUCCAAUGGAGCGAUACAUAUACUUUAUGAAGUCUUUAGUUGGUAAUAGGGCUUGCCAGAAGGUUCUAUUGCAUAAGGGUAUUUAGCAACUGAAUGUUUGACCUUAUGUUCAAGGUAUUUGCAUACAAUGGAAACAAAAUUUAAUCUCCUUGAACGGAAUUGUGAUGGUGGUGUUGUAGAAUGUGAUGGAGGUUUUACAAUUUUUUUGUGAAUCUGGAAGAGCUUUAAGAGGUGGCAAACCAUGCAGAUUUGAUUCAUAUGAAUUCGAGCAAGCACAUAUUUUAGUUCAAUCAUUUCUCGAAGAGUUUUCACAAACUCCAGCUAAUAACUCUCAAGAAACUUCGGAUCGGCAAUUCAUUAGUUGGUUAAAAGAAAAGGUUGCAGGUCUGCACAAACACGGUGAUAGUAAGAAAAUGACAGAUUUGGUCUCAUUGUCACGUGGUCCUACGCCAUAUGUAACAAGUUUCCAUGACUACGUUGUUAAUGGAUAUAGGUUUCAUGUGCAAGACUAUGAUAAAGGUUUAAGAACUCAGAAUUGUGGGGUGGUUGUAGUUGGUGAGACAGAUGAAGAGAAUAAAAAUAUUGAUUACUAUGGAGAACUAACCGAGAUUCUUGAGUUACAAUUUGUUGGAAGCGGAAGAGUGGUUUUGUUUCGAUGUAAGUGGCUUGAUAUAUAUGACCAAGAAAAGGGAGUUAAAGUAGAUGAUAUGGCAUUGUAAGUGUUAACUGCCAACGCUUUCUGAAAACAAAUGAGCCUUUUGUAUUAGCCAACCAAGCAUCACAAGUAUUUUAUGCUGAUGAUCUUUCCAAUAAAGGAUGACAUGUUGUACGAAAAGUUCAACCUCGUGACUUUGUUGACAUUAUGAAGGAGAAGGAUGGUGAUUUUGAGGAGUUAGAUAAUUCUACACAAAUGAAAAGGAAAAGAACUCAUUAAGGUUGAGAUGAAUCCAUCAAAAUCUCAUAAGUUUGAAAUGGAAUCAACUUCAAAGACUGUUAAGCAUUCAUUUGUUGCACCUGGCGCCUUAGCAAGGGGACAAGGGCAAAGCUUCAGAACUUUGGGUUCGGUAAGAGUAAACGCUGAACAGAGACUCCCGAUUGGCAAAAGUAAAAAUCGUAAUGCACCAGCUUCUUAUCUGAACGAACUAGCUCAGAAUAAGAGUCUUGCACCUCCUGGUUUUGAUCCACUAGAAGAUGAUGUUUCCCUCCCGCAAGAAGUUGAAGUGAUGCAAACACUCAGAGAAACGAAAUACGUCCAUGCGUAUCUGAAAAGGCAAAAAAAGUGAGAGGAAAGAACAAGUGUAAAAAUGUUCUAGGACUCAAAGUUGGAAAAAAGUUGAGCGUCACUUUCUACAACAAUCGAGUUGUUGGGAAGCAUUCAACCUCAUUUGUGAUACACUUAGGUAUAUUAGUUCGUGACCGUAAUAUGUGCCUACUGCGCGUACACUCAUGGGCGAACAUUGAAGAAUAUAAGCUGGACCAUAUGUGGGAAGCUGCGACUGACAAAUUUGAUAGUUCUGACAUAAAUAGUCAAAGAGAUAAUGUCUUGAAACAUAUGAGAAGGUUAUGGAACAAUUGGAGAGGAUCACUGCACUUGAUUGUGAAGUCUAAGCCAUUGUGCGACGUUCUAAAGGAUGUGCCAGAGGGAGUCGAGAAGAGUGAUUGAGAAUGGUUGGUCAAGGAGCACUUCUUAUCUGAAAAGUUUAAGGAAAGAAGUAUGAGAAACUCAGUGAAUAGGUCUAAGUUGAUUAUGCCUCAUCCUACGGGCAGCAAGCCUAUCAGAGAGAUUAUUUACAAGCUGGUAAGUAAAUUUUGCUAUUGUAUUAAGAAACCCCCUCUUUGUUUAAAAGAAUUGUUUGACUUGUUUAUUUAAAUGCGAAGGGAGGCAAAAAUGGUAAUCCACCAGAUAUGACGACUAUUUUCUUUGAGACUCAUAAGAAGGACGAUAAGCUUGUCGAACCUAAAACCAAUGAAAAAUAUGUAUGUUGAUUGAUAAAUUUCAUUUUACACCCUUUCUUUUAUCAAAGUAUUACAUUAUUUCAAAGAUUAUAUUUUUUUAGCCGAAAUUCAAGAACUGGUACAAUCCGAGCCGUCUCUUACAAAUAUUGAGGUUGUAGAAAGGUGAUUUGGACCUCAAUGCAAGAGCAAUGUUGUUGGAUUUGGGGGUGGAAUAACCGCUAAAGAGUUAAAAGGUGGUAAUUCCUCUAAGGCUGCACUGUUGGAUGAGCUGAAUGCAACUCGAAAAGAAAAUUUAUCACUAAAAACACGUCUGGAUAACUUGGAGAGUACAGUUGCACAACUUUCAAGCACAUACUCUGGUCAGUCUUCAUCAACACCAUCUUCAAUUGAACCAGAUACAUGCAUGUGAAAGAUUCUAUUGUCUAUUUUCGUAUUGAGCCGAGGGUUUCUUGGAAACAACCUCUCUAUCCCUCCGGGGUAGGGGUAAGAUAAAAAAUUUGAAGUAUGAGGAUGUCAUUGAAGAAAGUACAAAGCAAGUUGAUGCAUAUUAGAUCGUAUAACUCUCUUGGCGGUUGUGUAGGGAUGUUGUCAUUGUACAUAUAUUAUAAUUUCGUUUUCUGUCUUUUAGGAUUUGAUAGUGAGAAAGUCAUACAGUUUAGAUGUGCAUAUAUUGUAGUAAUGUGUUGUUUUAUAGUUCUUUCUAAUUGACAGAUUAAUUUUAUGUGAA